GCUCCCUCAACCACUGUGACAACCCGAUAAAUCAUCAAACGCCCUGCUAGUCGCUACUUUACCUUUGCAUAAUGUUUUAUAUUGAGAUCAUCUAGCCCCGGGAGUGCCCCUGCGACUGCAGCACGCCUUACAUUCUAACUCCUUCGCCUCCGCUUCACCGACGAACGACCCUGUGAAUAGCCUUCCAACACCGCCGUGGAAGUCGUUUUGGUGGCUCUAUCUGUCUAUUCUCGUGGUUAUUGAAAUAGACGGAAUAAUUUGAUCCGCUAAACCCUACUCUUUGAAGAAAGCGACCCAAAAGACGCAACAAUACCCCACACUCAUCCCUUGUGAACCGGUAAACCUGGCAUCCGAAGUGCCGAUGGUCGAACUUUGAUAGAAAACCGGGUGGGCCUAUUAUUUACUGAGAGUGCGCUCGGAUUCAGAGAAGCCAUUUGCAAACAACAAAAAUGGUUGGUAGAGCUUCUGUUACUCGUGGAGAGGGCUCUCCUGCCCCCUCGAUUUUAGACCUGACUCCUAGAAACUCCCGACGAAGCUCCUCUCGUGCUUCCAGAAAAGCAACACGAGAACUUGAACUUAGCGCUUCCCAUCCAUCUCGUUUGGCAUAUUCUCUGCCUCCAACUCCCAUCGCUUCCUCCUUUGAAGAGGCACUGUCAUCCACACAGCGCGCCAAAAGACACCGUUCGGUGAACUACUACGAAAAGACGCCACAGUCCAAAGGAGCCGAGACUCCAGAUCAGAAGAACGCGUCCUUUUCAACUCAGCCAUCCGGCAGCACCUCGAGAAAGAGUAGUCGUAGUCGCAAGUCCGACAACACUAACAAAGAAUCUGUCAAGGCGCGUGAUUCCACCGGUGACCAAGUAGUCACUCCCUCAAUCUCUAAACGCAAACCCCAGCCUGAGCAAUCUAGCCUGCAUACAUAUUUGCAGAAGAAGUCUCAAGAUAGGCGAAAGACCUCAGCCACACAAGCCGAGGCAUCUGAACAGACCAAACCCAAACCUGACUCCGAACUUCCCACCAUGGGUGCUGCCGUAUCUAGCAACCGCAAGGCUAGAAAGUCUGUGCCAGCGAAACUGAUUGGUGCUGAGAGCACUGAAAAAUCUACCCCCAAACCUAUGGUAGCCACUCGUAUCUCCACUCCUGUCUCUCGCAAGGAUCGCAGGUCUAAGGGUAUUGUCCAAAGUAGCACUAAGGCAACCCCACGGGUGAAGACGCAAUCGACGCCUGCUGUCCCUUCCGCAUCUAAAGCAGUGGAGGCCCAAGCCAAUGGAGCUACCGAUCCAGUCACCCCCGUUGAGCGAGCUGCUGUCUCAAACCCGAACAACACAACAGCCCGAUCCCGUCGUAGCGAUCGCAAGUCUGCUAGGAAAUCCGCUGCAGAUCGCUCUCAGCUAGCCAACGAGUCAUCUCAAGCAGUUACUGCCACCAGUACGGAUACUGAAGAUCACAAACCUGUUAUUCAGGACUCCGACAAACCCGUUGCUCAGGAUUCAGACAAAGGAAGCUCAGACCCUCAACACAUAACCAAGAGACCGAGCAAUACAGUAACCCUGACCUUGGGUCGUAAAUCGAUGGAGACUUUUGUCCAAAAAACCCUUGAACCCGUCUCUUAUAGCCACGAGGUUGCCGAUAGUGUCGAAGGGACACCCGUUCAUAUGUAUGAUGAUUCUUUCCAUUUUGAUUAUGAUACGGACAUGUAUCGUAACAAUUACGGCCUUGACGGCCAGAUGGACGCACCGGCCUCGCCUACGAGCUUUUCUACAACCACCUCCACCGCUGCCCGGACAUCUGGCCGGACCCGGAAGCCCACUAUCAGAGCCUUGGAGUCCCUUGAAUCAGAGCGGCGCUUCCGCCGACCUCGGGCCCAAACUCCCGGCAAGAUAGACUCACCCGCGGCUGAUAGACAGGGCGACAAGGCAAGCACCGGGCAGAAGAGUGCUCGCCAGUCGAAGACACCGCCAGCGGAAACUGCGCAGGCUUCUUCUACCGAGUCGCAGCCUGAUAUGGCUGCCUUUGCCCGCCGUAUAUUCGAGCUGGCUGUGGCUGCCGUGUCGGACGACUUUGUGCCGGCGCCUGAGGCCGACAACUGGGUUGAAGAGCUGCGAAAGGAGCACCAGGGUAAGGGAAAGGUAGAAGUUGCCGCAGUGGAGACGGCGGUUGAGGGAGAGGGUAGGCCACCCUCGCAAGACAAACCUACUGAGCAGUGGACUGACGAGGAUGGUUGGCUGCACACAGGCCAGGUCAACGAGUAUGGAGAGGAAUAUCUCGUCGUUGGCCCUGAUUUUGAGUGGUAUCGUCCUAACAAUACUUACGGAGACAAGGACCUUCCUCAGCCCCCAUUGCGCCUGAGGUCGGUGGAACAGUCCGAGAAGGAUCGUAUCUUCGGCUUUCCACCACGGAUUGGAGAGCGUAACCUGCCUCGUGAAACCUAUCUCCCAUUCGUCAUGGAGGAUGUUUAUCACGAACGGGCUAAGAUCAAGGCCCGUGAUGAAGCCCGGCAAAGGGGCAUCACCGUCGACCGGUCAAUGUCAGUCGCUCAGAUUGAAGCACUGAUUGGCCGGCACGGGAAGACUGACAGCUCGCAAUCAUCCGCGACUCCCGCUCCAACAAAGAGCUCCAAACCGGGCAAGCCUGUUGGAACCCGGAAGCGACGACGUACAGAGCCCGUUGCUCAGAGCGUGGCACCCUCGACCAAUGAAUCUACUGCAGAAAGCACACAUAAGCCUAAGAGAAGACGCAAGAACACGGUAGGAACAUCGGCACCGACCCCGAGUGAACCAGAGCCUCCAUCCGAGCAACCCAAGACCCUUAAACUCAAACUGAUAUUCUCGAAACGGGGAUUGCCGGAAACUCCUUCUGCAACCAAUUCGACUAACACUUCUGGCAAUACGAAGAAGCGCCCUCAUUCCGAAAUCGAGACGGGCGGUGACAACUCUACGAACAACAGACCUUCGAAGAGCCCUAAAACCCUUUCAUCCAAUCCCGUGGCUACCCCAAAACGCCUUCUCAAGCUCUCUACUCCGAAGCAGGGUCAGAAAGAGAAAACCAACAUCGCACCCACCUCCAUCCCCGAUGUACCCCCUUCCGCUGAUCAGAACUCGCACACAACGCCCGGUGGACGUCCCCGUCGCCGCGCCGCCGCAGCCUUGAUGGCCGAGUUCCAGAACCAUAAAGAAGAACGAGCUCGCAGAGCCAACGCACGAAAGAAGCCGAACACUGACAAUCCCAAUGAGACAAACCCCAGUCUGACCCCUAGCUCUGCGAAACAACAGCACUAGUGGUUGACCACAACACCCUCUAAAUACGAUAAUCCCAUUCCAACGUUUUUCCUUUUCCCCCUUCAUACGUCUUUGCCGUUUUAAAUCCACUUUAAUUCUUUAUUCAAGUGACCCCACGUCACCCCCUGGCUGUUAGACAUUUGACUAUCACGGCGUUAUGAACGGUCUUCGGAAAUAAGCAUAGCGGAAAUCUUUCAAGAUAUGGCACGCAAUUGCACCGGCGUUUGAACUCACGUUUUUUUAUUUUUAUUUUUAUUUUUUUGUGAUUUAUCAACGUAUGAGAGGCUCCUGUGGACCUUUCUUGCACCUGAUUCUCAUGUUCUGUUCUCUUUCUCUCCCCCUUUCCCAUUCGUGUAUUGUCCUUCGGUCUGUUCCAUCCUGCCUUAUGACACCAAGGUGACUUGGCCGAGCAUGGACUGGGCUCUUUCGGCUGGUCCACGGCCUCUUCCAAAGUCUUUGUAAUCCACAAACAGGACAAGAGGCGAUGGGGGAACUGUAUUAUUGUUGCCUUCUUCAUGUAUGUACAAUGGUUUCCGCAUCCUUUUUAUUUUCCUUUUCUUUUUUCAUUUCUCGAUCCGGAGGAUAUCGGAAUUAGAAGCAAUUAUAUUUUGCGGGGCUUAAUCGUUUGUAUUUAAUGCAGGGUACUUUCCAGCAUCAGGUUUGAACCCAUCGAGAAUGAACU